UCCGGGGAGAGCAGAUAUAGUGAACGCAGGGUCCGGGGAGAGCAGAUAUAGUGAAUGCAGGGUCCGGGGAGAGCAGAUAUAGUGAAUGCAGGGUCCGGGGAGACCAGAUAUAGUGAACGCAGGGUCCGUGGAGACCAGAUAUAGUGAAUGCAGGGUCCGGGGAGACCAGAUAUAGUGAACGCAAGGUCCGGGGAGACCAGAUAUAGUGAAUGCAGGGUCCGGGGAGACCAGAUAUAGUGAAUGGAGGGUCCGGGGAGAGCAGAUAUAGUGAAUGCAGGGUCCUGGGAGACCAGAUAUAGUGAAUGCAGGGUCCGGGGAGACCUGAUAUAGUGAAUGCAGGGUCCGAGGAGACCAGAUAUAGUGAAUGCAGGGUCCGGGGAGACCAGAUAGUGAAUGCAGGGUCCGGGGAGACCAGAUAUAGUGAGUGCAGGGGUCCGGGGAGACCAGAUAUAGUGAAUGCAGGGUCCGGGGAGACCGGAUAUAGUGAAUGCAGGGUCCAG